AUGGCGGUGUCGGGUGACGCGACCACCGCCUCAGGACGCCGUGCGUCCGACGGGUCCGGACCGACCUGGCGCCACUGGGACGCCUGGUGGCAACCUCGCUCCUGGGAUCAGUGGCGAGGAGGAUGGGAACCCUGGCAAUGGAACGCACAGGAAUCUACAAGCUGGACUACCGCAUGGCCCGGGAGCCCCUCGUGGAAGAGUGGCGAUGGCGAGCCUACAUCCAGAACUACCUCGGCCCCGCGAAGUUUCCCGAUUACGACUACGACUGGCGGACCUACUACCAGAACAGAUGGUGACCGCGUGGAGGGAGGUGGACCGACGCGCGAUGUCGGCAACACGAGUACGAAGGGGCCGUCUGAGAGACUGAUCAUCCCCACCUUUAGCGGGGACGUGGAGGGCACCGGUGACCUGGGCACCUCUGCUCGGAGCUAUCUCAGGCAAAUAGCUGCCUGGGAGAAGAUGACGAAGUUGACGCCGGACCAACGCGCCCUGGUCCUCUACCAGAACCUUCAGGGAUCAGCGUGGGUCAAUUCCGAGUCGCUUUGUGUCGAGGACCUGGCUAGGCGGGAUGGCGUGCAGGUGCUGAAGGAUUGGAUCACCCAGCACUACCUGGACAUCGAGGUGACCCAGGACGACUCCGAGCAGGACUUCGACCUCGUCGACCAGAUCGGCGAGGACACGGGCGACUUGUACAUCACCUACAUGACCGCGAAGGCCAGGUACCGGGAUGCCACCAAGGCCCGUGGAAUGGAAAGCCAUGGACCCGCGGACCGCCGCGGACUGGACACCGCUGCUGUGAAGCGAGCUGCGGAAGCCAAGGUGCAGCUCGCUAAGUCCAAAAGCUUUUGUGCAGCUUGUGGCCAGCGCGGCCACUGGCAUCGCGAUGCAGUCUGUCCCAAACGCAGUGGACCCGACAAACCUCAGACCGUGCAUGUGACCAAUGACAUUGUCGAGUUUGCCUCGAAUGGGCAGUUCGAGCUCUACGCCAUCCUGGAUUCAGCGUGCUCUAAGUCGGUGGUUGGGACCAACUGGCUCGAGCGCUAUCUGGGACUCACUCGUGGCAAGGACUAUGACAUCGGCUUCAUCUAUGAGCGCGAGGCUUUCAA